AUGCAACAGGACUACCACGGUGGUUCAGAUGACAUCGCUCAGUCUUCUGCCCCGCUGGCUUCCCCGUACCAAGUACUCUCCAUACCAACCGCUCCCCCGCCGCCUCCCCCCGCACCUCUACGUCAUUCUGCACCUGUCGAGGACACGCCCAAGAAGCCGCUCACCCUCGCGUGCUUCUUCUGUCGUAAGCGCAAGAUUGCAUGCGGCAGUCCGCCCCCAGGGAAGAAGGACAGGACGUGCAAUCAGUGCGCGAGGCGUAAUCUCAAGUGCGUCUACCCCGAGGCGUCGAGGCGUGGGAUGAGGCCUAAGCUGCUGUACGACCGAGAGACAUUGCCCGUCCCUGCUAUCCUGUCAUGA